UGUGCCUCCGCGCUGAUGGGCUCAGCUUUAUCCAGGGCUGUAAUCCCCCUGCUCCUGUAAUUAAAAACUCCGCAUUACAAGGAAAACGGUGUGCAGGGAAAUGUAAUCAAGUCUGGAGGGGCUUAACCAUCUGGUAAAGGUUAGGACCGGCACGGCGGGGGACGCGGCCGGGGGAUUUGGCAGCAGCCGCGAUCUGGGCUCCUCUUAAUCUACCGCGGGUCCGAACGCAGCAUCUGCGGGGUAAUACCGGUGCCCCGGGCAGCGAUCGGUCUUGCUGGAGCUCCCACAGCCGUUAACGGGAUCUCCCCGUUAGGAGAGAAGGUGGUCCCCUCCUCAGGUGCGUCUAGCUCCGGUAAACAGGUUUUGCUGUGGCUCCGGGAUCCGGAUUGCAGCCCCUUGCGGGGGCCAGCAAAGAAAGGGUUAAGCCGCUGCCGGUGGCCGCGGUUCGGCCCCGCAGCUCCGGGCAAGGCCCUCCUCCGCCGCCCCCGGGAGCCCUGAACUCUUUGAAAGUGCGAGAGGCAAGCGAAGGCGAGGGCGGCGGCGCGGGUGCGACUUCUCGUUCCCGGGACCGCCGCGGGGCCAUGGGGGCCGGAGCAGGCUCCGGGCCAUGGGGACAGCUCUUCCUCCGCUCCCUCGUCUUCCUCCUGUUGGCCGGACCCCCGGCGCGGGGGCAGCUGCGCUACGCCGUGCCCGAGGAGCUGGAGCACGGAGCCUUCGUGGCCAACCUGGGUGAGGACCUGGGGCUGGAUGUGUCCACCCUGUCAGCGCGGAGGUUCCGCAUCGUGUCGCGGGCCGGGGCCAGGCAGCACCUGGAGGUGAACCUGGAGAACGGGAUCCUCUUUGUGAACGAGCGCAUUGACCGGGAGGAGGUGUGCGAGGGCGGGGGCACCUGCCUGCUCCACCUGCAGCUCCUCGUCGAGAGCCCACUGGAGCUCUACCGCGUCGAGGUGGAGGUGCUGGACAUCAACGACCACGCACCCACCUUCCCUUGGCAGGAAUAUGUGCUGGAGGUGGCCGAAUCUGCCGUGCUCGGUGCUCGCUUCCCCCUGGAGAGUGCUCAGGAUCCUGACGUGGGCACCAACUCUGUGCACACCUACCGCCUCAGCCCCAAUGGCUUCUUCUCCCUGGAGGUGCAGACCCGCAGCGAUGCCAGCAAGUUUGCAGAGCUGGUGCUGGAGCGUGCCCUGGACCGGGAGCAGCAACGCGUGCACCGGGUGCUGCUCACCGCCCUCGACGGCGGCGUGCCCGAGCGCUCCGGCACGGCGCACAUCCUCGUCACCGUGCUGGACGCCAACGACAACGUGCCUGCCUUCGACCAGCCCUCCUACGGUGUGAGCCUUCCUGAGGACGCUCCUGCUGGCACUCUGGUCAUCCAGCUCAACGCCACUGACCUGGAUGAGGGCCCCAACGGGGAGAUUGAGUACUCCUUCAGCGGGCACGCACCGCCACGCGUCCGGGAGCUCUUCCACGUGGAGCCCCGGAGCGGGCAGGUGCUGCUGAAGGGCCGCCUGGACUAUGAGCGGGCCAGCCUCCAUGAGCUCUACGUGCAAGCCAAGGACCGCGGGCCCUCGGCUGUGGCCGUGCACUGCAGGGUGCUUGUGCACCUCCUUGAUGUCAAUGACAAUGCACCAGAGGUGACCCUCACCUCAGUGUCCACACCUGUGCUGGAGGAUGCCCCCCCAGGCACUGUGAUCGCUGUUAUCAGUGUUCAGGACCGGGACUCUGGGGACAACGGCCGUGUGAGCUGUGAGGUCGGCCCCAAUGUGCCAUUCGAGCUCCGCUCCUCCUUCCGGAACUACUACACGCUGGUGACCACGCAGGCGCUGGACAGGGAGCUUGUGCCUGAGUACAACGUGAGCAUUACGGCCCGGGACAUGGGCUCGCCUGCCCUGGUGACCCGCAGCACCCUCACCAUCCCCGUGUCUGACGUGAACGACAACGCCCCGCGCUUCCUCCAGCCCUCCUACAGCGUCUACGUGAUGGAGAACAACGCACCAGGUGCCUCCAUCUGCUCUGUCAGCGCCUUAGACCCCGACUGCCAGCAGAACGCCUACCUGUCCUACUCUAUAGCCGACGGGCACAUCCAUGGCAUGCCCGUGGGCACCUACGUGUCCAUCAACUCCGACAGCGGGCACAUGUACGCCCUGCGCUCCCUCGACUACGAGCAGAUCCGCAGCUUCCAGAUCCAGGUGCAAGCGCAGGACGCGGGGUUUCCCCCCCUCAGUGCCAACGUCACCGUGCACAUCUUUGUGUUGGACCAGAACGACAACGCCCCGGUCAUCGUUUCCCCCCUGCCCCGCAACGGCUCGACUUCACCCUCUUCAGCGUGGCGCCCGACACGGGGGAGCUGCGCACGCUGCGCUCCUUUCUGGAGCAGGAUGCCAGCCGGCAGCAGCUGGUGGUGCAGGUGCGGGACGGGGGACAGCCAGCCCUCUCUGCCACCGUGUCCCUCCUGCUUUCGGUGGUGGAGACCAUGCCCCAGACUCUCUCCGACUUCAGCGAGUUCAGCCUUCCUCCAGAGGUCUCCUCAUCCUCCCCGCUCACCCUCUAUCUCCUUGUCUCCCUGGGCUCCAUCUCCUUCACCUUCCUCCUCGCCAUCCUCAUUCUCACAGCCAUUCGCUGCCGCGGCGAGCGGCGUUCCCGCCAGGGGGACAGCUGCUCGCCGCCUCGCUGCCAUUGCUGUCCCGGGUCCAGACCCUCUCCUGAUGGCCUGAAGACUUCCAACCUGACGGCGCAGCCCCCUUCGGGGACCGCGGCUGGCACCUGCCUUGAUGUGCCCGCGGGCGGCCCCCCAGGCUACUGCUACAAGGUCUGCCUUGGUCCUGAGUCUGCUCAGAGCGACUUCAUGUUCCUCAAACCCUGCAGCCCCCCCCGGAACAACGAGAAGGAUCCCGGGAAGCGGUCCCGGCCAGAGCAGCAUCUCCAGGUCUCCAAAGAGGCCAAGCAGCCCAACACAGACUGGCUGCCUCCAAGCACGCAGAGACCUACCCUAAAAAGCUCCCAGAGCCUGGAAGAUGUGGGGGAAAUCCGUAGAGCCCUCCAGAAGGAGCACGAGAGGCUGUGCACACUGGUGACCCCUGUCUCUGAGUUUCAGAAGGCUUCAGCCGGCCCCAACAGCAUCUGGACACCCCACUACAGCCCCUUGUACCCAGCCCUGGACUAUCAGCACAACGUUUACAUCCCUGGCACCCCCACUCUGCUUUCCAGCAAGGAUGGGCCCCACUUCCCGGGCCGGGAGAACAAAAACAGCUUCUCCACCUUUGGCAAGAGGAAGAAGAUGACAACUUACUGUGACAUGCAUGACAGUGUGGUUAUCAACAACGACCUGAAGUAGCCUGGAUGGCUCUACCCUUGGAAUCUUCUGCAUUAUUUCAGCUGCCAGAUCCACCCACAGCACACACCUCCAUGUAUGGACCACUCAAGACUUUAUGGAGAUGCUGGGAGAGUGGCUCAACAGAGCAUGUGGGAAGGAUUUAAGGAGCAAGAGACUGAAAAUUACAGGGACUGGGAGGUGGUGGCAGGGGGAAUUUCUCCCAUCUCAUCUUGCAGAGCUGUGUUGGCAGCAGGUGCUGUUUGAGGUCCAUAUGACCAGAUUUAAGCAAAUCUGCCUUGAGUUUACCCAUUCCCAUGUCCCCUUAGGGACCAUUCAUCUCUGUAAACAUUGUCACUUCUUUGUCUUGUCUGGCUGUGUGAAUGUACUGAGCUGCAUGCCUGUAUCUCUGUCCCACUAGGCAUGGAAAGGGUGUGUAGGCCAGGCCUGGUUCAGCCAAACCUGACCUCACCCACUGGGGCAGUGACCAUUGCUCUGUCCCUGAGAUCCAGCAGGAUGUGUUGCAUGUCCAGAGCAGCAAUUGGUGUCUGUUUUCUCUGGGAAGUGAGUACAAAACCCCCAGCCUUCAUGAGUGCUUCUCUUCAAACCCUGACCCAACACUUGCAGGGCUGGACAGAGCCCAGCUCCAGGGCAGAGCCAGCCUUGCUCAGGAGCAGCACAGGCACACAUGGACUGCAUGGCCAGAGGGGCUGCCAGCCUACGCACCUGAGAGAUGCACAAGGAGAGGCCCUGCUGGGCAGCUUUCUAGCCCAAGGCAACAUCAUCUGAAUGAAAAACAAUUUCCAACCUUUGGAGUGACCCCAGCACAGGUCUCUUCCCUCCAGCCCCUGCCCUCACUCAGAUCUCUGUGCUCCCCAAGUCCUGAAUGCCUGAGGAACCCCUGCUCUGGUGCACUGGGGGCCCCACCUGCACAGGACAAACCUCUCCAAGGGUGCCCUGUUUCUCUUUUAGAACCUUUAGCUGGCAGUCAGGAGCCCUCAAGGGCAGGACUGCAGCCCCAGCACAGUCUCUCCCCUGCCUUGUGCACCCUGCACCUGUCCACCAGUCUGUCUGCCAUCACUGCCAAUUGCUCUGGUCAUGGGACAGUUCAUUUUGAAUCCAUCUGUGCAGAACAUGACAGCUCUUUCUAAACUGAGUUUCUUUCACUCUGUCUGAUUUGUACCAAUAAAUUGUAUUUUAAUAUCUCA